UUUCCCCUUCAUAAUAAUAAACUUAGUCAAACCUUUAAACCAGAUUUUUAAUUAUAGGCAGUGUUAGACAUCUAUAAAAACAUUACCAAUGGCUUCCUCAUUUUCUAAGGAUCAAUUACGAAAAGAAAUCAAUGCUAUCCUAAAAAAUGCAGAUCUCGAAAAGACCAGCGCAAAGGAAGUUCGUCUACAGUUGCAAAAUAAACUGAAAGUGGAUUUUAGCUCGCGUAAAAAGGAACUGGAUAAAUUGAUAAUGGAAGCUGUAAAUUCAAUGCAAGACUCAGAAUCAGACGAGGAUCCAUCAGAAGAAUCAGAACCAGAAGUGAAACCAGCAAAAAGAACAUCAACAACAGCCAAGAAACGAAAAGUUGAAGAAAGCGAUGAGAGUGACUAUAAACCGAAAAAGAGUACUGGUGGUGGACGAAAGAAACGUCGUGGAUCAUCAGGCGAUGAUGAUUCGGAUGAAGAUUGGAAAGAAUCAAAAAAGAAGGGGGGUGGUGGUGGUAAAAAAGGUAAAGCUACUGGAUUUACCCGUCCAUAUAAGUUAAGUCCCGAGCUUUCUGAACUAAUGGGAGAAGUGGAACUGCCAAGACAUGAAGUUGUGAAGAAAGUUUGGAAAAUUAUUAAAGAAAAGAAUCUUUAUGACCCCAAGAAUAAGCAGUAUGCCAUCUGCGACGAGCAACUCGAAAAGGUUAUCGGCGUUAAACGAUUUAGAACUUUCGGUAUGAUGAAGUACUUGAUGCCACACUUUAUAAAAUAAGUUUAAUUAUCAUAUUUUCGAAGAGAUAAAAGUGAAGAUUUAUUUUAUAUACCUUUCUUUUAAAGCUACUACCUGUCCCUUCUCCUCAAUCAAUUAAUUAACUUAACUUUAUGAAUUCAGUUUUUUGAACACCUACAUCAUCAUUAAUGUGUAGAAGGA